AUGUCUCAGCACAUAAGGAUCGGUGUGUUUGUACCUUGCGGCGCUCAAUUUCUCGACGUGGCCUGCAUAGACGUACUUGGCGUCAUGUCAAAAGAAUAUUUCGGUGCUAUUUUCCGUGCCCAACCACUCCUUCCCACCCAUCUCCUCGAUCUGGCCCCCGACGUCUCUGUGUACUACAUCACCACACCGGAGCAGGGCAACGACAUUCCAAUGACGUCCGGUGCCGUCCUCAAGGCUACGCACGUGUAUACUGACGAAGAAGUGUCACCUGGGAAGCUGGACAUUGUCGCGGUGCCUGGGCCGGAUCCGUCCAGCGAGUUCACCGACGACGCACUACAUUGGCUGAGACAGCAAGCUGGGACUCCCGGCGUCGACAUCUUGUGCAUUUGUACAGGGAUCUUGAUAUGCGCCUCUGCAGGCAUUGUCGAUGGCAAGAGGGCGAGCGGGCCUCGGGGGAUGCAGGAUAUCCUGAGCAAAAAGUUUCCCAGCAUGAAACUGGUUGGAGACAGCUAUCGGUGGGUGCAAGAUGGAAACUUUUGGUCGAGUGGUGGUAUCACCAACGGUAACGAACUUGUUGCCGCUUACGCCCGAGCCAAACAACGGUGGCAAAAGCCGGUUGUGGAGAUGGGAUUGAUGAUGACAGAGGUUGGCGAUCGCGGACAAUUCUAUGGUGAAGGCCAGUCGCAGUUCUACUUGAAAUUUGUGUGGCAGUUGGUCAGAGGCUGGAUAUUAAGCUUGAUGACCGGCCGACAGGGAAAGGCGAGUCCUCCGAGAGCUGAGGCGACAGGUACGAAAACCUCGACUGUACGCAAUUAA